GUUAAAUCACACGUGGCAGCGUAGAGAAGAAGCUUCCAGAUCAAAAUGAGAUUUACGAACAAAGUAAAGGGUAAUAGAGUCAAUUAACACAAUCGAUUAAUCUUAAACCAAGUGGGAAGAAGAAGCUGAAAAGAGAGAGACUAAUCUUCUUCUUCUUCUUCCUCUCUGUAUUUUUCUCAUUCUCUUCGAUUUGUUUGCUUGCUAGUGACUAGUGAGUGAGAGAGUAUGGAGAGAAGUACUCCGGUGAGAAAGCCACACACAUCGACCGCAGAUCUACUUACUUGGUCGGAAGUUCCACCGCCGGAUUCUCCUUCCUCCGCUUCUCGCUCCGCCGUUCGUUCCCACCAGCCAUCGGAUGGGAUUAGCAAAGUGGUGUUUGGUGGUCAAGUCACCGAUGAAGAAGUUGAGAGCUUGAACCGCAGGAAGCCUUGCUCAGAACAUAAAAUGAAGGAGAUAACUGGCAGUGGGAUCUUUUCUCGUAACGAAAAAGAUGAUGCGUCAGAGCCAUUACCAGUUUAUCAGCAAGCAGUUAAUGGUAUAAGCCAGAUAUCAUUUGGUGAAGAGGAAAAUCUAUCUCCUAAAAAGCCGGCUACUGUACCUGAAGUGGCGAAACAGCGAGAGCUCAGUGGGACUAUGGAGAAUGAAUCAGCUAAUAAGCUACAGAAGCAGCUCUCUGAUGCUAAAUACAAAGAGAUCAGUGGACAGAACAUCUUUGCACCACCGCCUGAGAUCAAACCUCGAUCUGGAACUAAUCGUGCAUUGGCUCUUAAGGACAAUUUCAACCUCGGAGCUGAAUCUCAAACUGCUGAAGAAGACUCAUCUGUGAAGACAGCAAAGAAGAUUUAUGACAAGAAAUUCGCAGAACUUUCAGGAAACGACAUAUUCAAGGGAGAUGCGGCGUCAUCUAAUGUUGAAAAGCAUCUGAGUCAAGCGAAGCUAAAGGAGAUAGGAGGAAACAACAUAUUUGCAGAUGGGAAAGUAGAAGCAAGAGACUAUUUAGGCGGUGUCCGUAAACCACCAGGUGGAGAGACAAGCAUCGCACUUGUUUAAAAUCAUCUUUUUCGGUAACAACUUAACUCUUUUAUAAACCGCGGUUGUUCGGUGUGUGUUCUUGUGGUUUCCCAUACACUUCAGCUCAAAGUGUGAUUUGUAUUUUGCGGUUUCGUGGUUGUUAUUUUUAUUGAGUUGGUUUUUAAGCCGUUAGGGCUUUCUAAUGUAAGUUCGAGCUUAAACUGUUGGGAGAUUAUAAGCAUUACUACGGGACAGAGGAUGUUGCUUGUUUCAGAAGUUAUUGUUUUUCUUUUCCGGGUCUUCUGAAACCGGAAAACCAAACUUGUUUCAGCAGUUUGUACCACAAAAGUUAUGAGUAUGUCUUAGUAUUGAUAUUGCAAUGUGCAGUAAGCAUGUAUUGAUGUACACUAUAGCAAACGCUCACACUUAGAUGAGAAGU